AGGCCGCCGUACCUGGCGCCCUCUGCCUGGGGAGGAGCCCCGACGGCCGCGGCCGCCGAGCAGAAGCAUCUGCUUUUGUGGAAGCUUUUCUUCUCUGUGCUCAGUGACUGGGACAAGUUCAGUUCAGUCUUCAAAAGUAGGACAUAGACUUUGGCUAUAUUUUUCAUAGUUGUGUGAAGCUAGAAAUCUGAACGGAUGCCUGUGCCGCCACCACCACCUCCUCCUCCACCACCUCUACCACCCUCUGGAGGGCCUCCUCCACCACCACCUUCUGGAGGGCCCCCUCCACCACCACCUUCUGGAGGGCCCCCUCCACCACCACCACUGGCUAGUUCAGAAGUACCGAAAUUGCGGAAGGAAGAUCAGAAAGCACGAAACGCACUCUUGGCUGAUAUCCAGCAGGGAACUCGCUUAAGAAAAGUGACUCAAAUCAAUGACCGCAGUGCACCACAGAUUGAAAAACCCAAAGGAGCUAACAGAGAUGGAGUUAAUCCAGCUGUCAAUAAAGGUGGCUCUCAGCAGCCUCUGGGAGGUUUAUUUGCUGGUGGCUUUCCUGUUCUCAGACCAGCAGGCCAGAGGGACAUGACAGCAGGGAGGCCUGGGCAGGUUUCCGGAGUCCGAGCAGCGGCCCCCAAACACUCCGCCCCAGCGAACAGCGGCGCUGCCAAGCCGAGCAGUAACCCCUCGCACCCAGCCGAAGGUCCAAGGGCAGCUGUGCCACCAGAGCCUCCCAGCACCUCCCGAGCCGGAGCGGGAGCCGGAGCCGGCUCCGGGCGGCCCAGCCUGCCCGCCCCCCCUCCACCGCCUCCCGCUUCCAGCAAACCUUCCCUCACUUUCCCUCCUCCUCCCCCUCUCCCUCCUCCGGCCGAUCGCCCUCCCAAGGGGGUGACGCCCGGCGCGGCUCCUCCGCCCCCGCUCCCUCCUCCCCAGGCUGACAAACUCGCCAAGUCUCCAGCAGGCGCUUCACACCCGCCCCAACCGCCCCCUCCUCCUCCUCCCCCUCCCCUGCCCCUCGUCCCCCCCUGCGGGCUGCCGGCCAGGACUGCCGAUGUCCCUGCGGCUACCAUCCUUCUAGAAAUCCUCCAUUAA